GAUCCUGGAUCAUGAUUCAAAAUAUUAGACUCAAUCACUUCAGGGUCAAAACUUGUAAAAGGUAUAUGGCCGACGCUGAGCGUAGCUCUGAGUCGACUGGGUCACAUUUCUGGACGAACGGCAGGGAUUUUUCACUCGUGUACGAGGAAGUCCUGUCCAUCUCACGCACGCGUAGCGAGCACAACAUUUCUCUACUAUAGCUCCUCCAAGUUUGCCGCCAAGAUUCGAAGGAUUUCCUCUCUCCCUUCUCUUCUCAUGCUUCCUCAAUCCAGAUUCUGCUGAGAGAGAGAGAGAGAGAGAGAGAGAGAGAGAGAUUUCAUCACCUGAAUCUUUUCUACAGGGGCUUUGCAUGCUUCCAUCUUCAUCGCCACGUUAGCCCUAUCAUCGUCAUCAUCCAUGGCAUCAUCAUCAUCGUCAUUCCCAUCACGUUUACCCCUCGAGAACGACGACGAUGAGUUUGAUUGGGAAGCAGCUGUCAAAGAAAUCGACGUUGCUUGCCAGGGUGCCACUUUGCCUUCGAAUCGAGAGAAUCUUGGUAAUUCGAUUCCACGUGAGGCCAUUGGGUGUAACAGGACUUUCCCUAAGUCCAAGAAGUCUCUAGGCACCCGACAAUCCACCCUUGAUAUGUUUGUCCAAACUGAUGGAAAAUCUCAUGUCGUUGAUUGCAAUUUUCGACCCAAAAAUGGGUCUUUAAGUUAUGAGGGAGGAGGUGAUGAUAGAUUUCGGGAUACUGGGGACGAGAGGGUGUCCACUAAUAUCGAUCUAGAGGCAGCCAAGAUGUGGAUUUAUCCAGUUAAUGUUCCGCUUCGUGACUACCAGCUUUCAAUCACUAAGACAGCUCUAUUUUCAAAUACAUUGGUGGCACUGCCAACAGGACUUGGAAAGACCCUCAUCGCUGCAGUUGUUAUGUAUAACUAUUUUAGAUGGUUUCCAGAAGGGAAAAUUGUUUUUACUGCUCCUUCAAGACCUCUUGUCAUGCAACAAAUUGAAGCAUGCCAUAAUAUUGUGGGAAUACCUCAGGAAUGGACAAUUGAUAUGACAGGUCAGAUGAAUCCUUCGAAAAGAUCCCACUUUUGGAAGGCCAAAAGAGUUUUCUUUGUUACGCCCCAAGUGCUUGAAAAGGAUAUUCAAUCUGGCACAUGUUUGGUGAACCAAGUUGUCUGUUUGGUGAUUGAUGAGGCUCAUAGAGCAAUGGGAAACUAUUCUUACUGUGUGGCAGUUCGUGAGUUGAUGGCGGUACCAGUGCUGUUAAGAAUCUUAGCUUUAACAGCGACACCAGGAUCAAAGCAGGGGACUAUACAGAAUGUUAUUGAUAAUUUACAUAUUUCAACUCUUGAAUACCGCAAUGAAAGUCACCACGAUGUCAUUCCAUAUGUACACAACAGGAAGCUGGAGUUAAUGGAGGUUACAAUGGGUAAAGAUGCGAUUGGAGUAAAUGAUCUUCUUUUGGAAGCUAUACAGCCAUUUGUGACUAGGCUUUGUGCAGUUGGAGUCCUCUAUAGGAGAGAUAUUGCAACAUUGAGCCCAUGUGAUUUACUUAAUUCGAGGGAUAAAUUUCGUCAAGCACCUCCACUAAAUCUUCCUCAAGUAAAAUAUGGAGAAAUAGAAGGAUACUUUGGAGUUCUUAUUACGCUUUAUCACAUCCGCAAGUUACUUUCAAGCCAUGGCAUAAGGCCGGCAUAUGAGAUGCUUGAAGAAAAGUUGCAACAAGGGUCAUUUGCUAGGCUCAUGGGUAAGAAUGAAAUCAUAUGGAGGGCGAAACUCUUAAUGCAACAAAGCUUGUCUCAUGGUGCUCCAAAUCCAAAAUUAUUGAAAAUGAGAGAAGUAUUAAUUGAUCAUUUCAAAACAAAAGAUCCCAAGGAAUCAAGAGUGAUUAUUUUCUCAAACUUUAGGGGAAGUGUCAAGGACAUAAUGGACUCAUUAUCCAACAUUGGAGAGUUUGUUAAAGCUACCCAAUUCAUUGGUCAAAGUUCAGGAAAGUCUUUGAAAGGGCAGACCCAGAAAGUGCAACAAGAAGUUUUGCAGAAGUUCCGUUCUGGUGGGUACAAUGUAAUUGUUGCAACGUCAAUAGGUGAAGAAGGCCUCGAUAUCAUGGAAGUUGAUCUGGUAAUCUGCUUUGAUGCCAAUAUCUCACCAUUGAGAAUGAUCCAACGGAUGGGAAGGACAGGAAGAAAGCAUGAUGGACGAGUCGUAGUUUUAGCAUGUCAAGGUGCAGAGUUGAAGGGAUAUUUGAAAAAACAAGCAAACAGCAAGGCUGUAAGAAAACACAUGCAUAAUGGGGGAACCAAUAGCUUUGAUUUUCAUCCUAGCCCCAGGAUGGUUCCACAUAUUUGCAAACCAGAAGUUCAGUUUGUUGAAUUGUCAAUUGAACAAUUUGUUCCUCGUGGAAGGAAAGUGAAAGACAUCCCCAUGCAAAGACCCACAUUUAGAGACAAAUUGUCAGAUGCUGAGAUGGAUAGAGUUGCAAAGUACUUUCGUUCUUCCAAAGAAGAUGCAUGGAGACCCUCUCUUAUUGCCUUUCCCCACUUUCAGGCAUUUCCAUCUAGGGUGCAUAAAGUAAGGCAUUCAUUCAGAACAACAGGGAUGCUGAUUGAUACUAUGCAAAGUCUUCAAGGAUUAUCAUCUUCAAAAGUGAACCAAACUCUCCCAAUUGAGGUUAAGGAUCCUUCAAGUCAAUUCAUAGAGGGUACAAGUGUUGCACAAGAUGACAACAGUAGAAAAGAUUCGAUGGCUAUCCAUGAUGCCCCAAAAGCAGUUUCACAAAAUGAAAUACCAGAUGUUGAAGCAUCACCUAGAGAGACCUCAAGGUGUAAUGAUGAGCAUUGUAUGCCAGAACUCUCAAAGAAGAAGCCCCAUGUUCACUGCUUCCUUUUUGGCACUGAUUUUGUAUCCGUGAAUGCUUUUGGAAGCGUCUUAAUUACAUCUGUCCCUCUCCUUCCUUUCGAUAAAGGUGAUCAAUCUUGUAAGAGUAUGCCAGCAAACAGUACAGAGUUGCUGAAGAAUACUGAGCAAGAUAUGUGCACUUUUAGGACAUCACAUACAGGUUAUGACAAAAUUCCUAAUUCUGAUGCCCAUCUAGAGCAAAUGCUGCAAGGGGUUGGGAAGUUCCUUCUUAAAACACCAAUUUCUGAAGUCAAGUUGGAAAUUUCAGAAGGUAAUGCUGCCGAUAUGGAAAUGAAAACAAAAAUCUCACCAGCCAAUUACUCCUGUGGUAAUUCAAGGGAUAUGGAGCUGAGUCCCCGCCUGACAAAUUUCAUUGAGAAAGGUGUCGUCCCUGAGUCUCCUAUAGUUGAGAGGCAUCACUAUUCUUCUGCAGUGGAGCAUGUGGUUUGCAAUGGCUUCGGCUCUGAGCAUGACAAAUGUGGAUUACAUGUAAAUAACCCUAUUACAAACAUGGAUGUGGAGAAAAUUCCUACUGAUGUAACAUGGCAUUCUGCUGAUAGACAGAAUGAUUCUCUUGCUCCUGCCAAAGUUUCAUGUGAUAUUCCCAAGUUGUGUACUGACCCAUCUUUAACAAAAUUGAAUUCAGAGAAGAAUGAAAAGGUCAAGAUACAAAAUAGUGCAGUUGAAACAAAUGUAGAAGUGGAGAACAUCUUAAGCUCCCCUAUCAUCAAUGAAAUUCACACUCCAUUAGUUUAUAAAACAACCAAUAGCUCCAGUGAAGAUUGGCAGCUGAGUUCUGGAGAGGCAUCAAAAUCCGUUCAGAAAGCAGGCAAAUUUAGAAGGUUGUGUAAAUAUGGAGAUGUUAGACAAAGGAUACCUUCUAAGAGUUUGAAGGAAGCUUCCAAUGGCACUGAAGCAGACUUCUGCAGAUACUUCACCCGAACCAAAUUCAGCCCAAUGAAGCUUCCAGGUAAACAGAAGUCCAAGACUCAUGUCAGAACCUUCAUUGAAGAGGAAGCCGAGGUCUCUUCAGAUGCAGAAGUGUCAGAGGAUGAAGAAGAUGACAAGGACAACACCGAGCAUGAUGAUAGUUUCAUAGAUGACAGAAUAAAUCCUACAGCAAAUACUCAAGCAGGAGCUAGUGGAAGCGACAUGAUGGCAAUUUAUAGGCAUUCUUUGCUCACUCAAUCACCAAUUUUGUAUCAACCAAAUUGUUCCACCAACUCGAGUCAUGAAUCUACAUCCCCUAGAAUUGCUGAAAGUGGUAGCUCUUCUUUGGAAAAGAUCAACAAUUCUCUCAGAACUCCUCAGACCGGCUUACAUUCCGCAAGUCAGUCCACUGGCAGGACCUCAGUGUCCUGCCAGUUGGACACAGAUAUGGCCCCUCCUGGGGAAAGCCAUGGCCUGCCAAGAGAAGAUGAAAGCAAGAUGGAGAGCAGAAAAAGAAAACUAAGUUUUCAGCAAGGUGGUUCUGUUCUGGAGGCGAACUUCCAUCAGGAAUGUCCAUUUCAAUCAGAUGGUGCAGGCAAAACGUCCCUAAAGCAUCAAUCUGAGCAUAAUGAAUUGAACAAUGAUGUGUUUUACGAUGAUGAAUUUUAUGAGGGUCUUGAUCUUGAUGCAGUGGAGGCACAAGCCACGGAAUCUUUGAUGUACAAGUCGAAACUGUUGACAGGGAAAAGUCAAAGGGAGAUACUGGAUCCUUCUCUGAAGCUCGGGGAAGACCUAGGUCAAAUUGAACUGAACUCUCCGUCAUUUGAUCUUGGGUUUUGAUGGUUUAUCUUUCUUCACUACCAACCAUUGGAAGCACCCCUUGGGGAACUGCUUUUGGCUAUUUGUAUAGAAAUCUAAACAUCCUCGGCUUUCAUGAAAAAAGAAAACAAGUGUCACAACUCACAACCAAAGAAGAGAUGGAUUAUAGUCAGAUAAAAAGUGGAAACAGGUUGCUUGUUCGUUUGGAGAUUGGUUAUCAUUGGAAUCGGCGGAAACUAACUUAAGCAAUGCAAGGGAAGCAAUGCAAGGGAAGUGGUGUAUACUAAAAUAUAAGAACGACUGGAUGCCAUGACAUGUGGCGAUCAGGACAUUUUUAUAUGUUAACAUGAACCUUUCUGUAUAUUGGAGAGAACUGUAGCAUAAAUUGUAUUAUAGUAUGCAUUUAGGACUAAGGGCUUUCGACUGUACAGUAAAAAAUUGUAAUGUUUACUUUUGUUAAAUCUGGUAAGUGUGUAUGUCAGUCAAUUUUGGGUGUUCCCUUC